AUGUAUGGCCCAGAUCAAGAACAUACCUCGUUUAUAACUGACCGAGGCGAGGUCCUGAAGCUAUAUUUAUCAGUCUCAGAACAUGCAAUUAGUGCCGCUCUGACCCAAGAAGAGAACGACGUUCAACACCCAAUCUAUUACGUAAGCAAAGCGCUUCACGAAAUCGAGCUUAGAUACUCUCUCAUGGGAAAAUUGGCAUUUACCCUGCUAAUGGCAGCGCGAAAACUGAGGCCAUAUUUCUUUAAACACCCCACUGAAGUCCUUGCCAACUCUCCAUUAAGACAAACAUUACAAAGACUCGACACUUCAGGUCGGAUGAUAAAAUGGACAGUCGAGCUUGGACAAUUUGACAUCAAAUACACACCUCGUUCCUCCAUCAAGGACCAAGCACUUGCCGACUUUAUCUCUGAGUUCUGCAGCGUUCCAAUCGAGGAACUAUUAGAAGAAACCCCAUGGGAACUUUAUAUCGAUGGUUCGUCCACCAGAGAUCGAUCUAGGGCUAGCGUGGUAUUAAUCAGCCCUGAGCAACACAUAUUCUGUGAAGCCUUACCAUUUGAUUUCAAAGCUUCAAACAAUGAGGUCGAGUAUGAAGCUCUCAUUAUCGGAGUCAACGACGUAUAUCAGAUGAAAGAAGAAAGAAUGAAUAAUUACCUAGGGGUUGUAAGGAAAGAACUUAAAAGAUUCAACAUCACCCAAGUCAAGAAGAUUCUCCAAUCUCAGAACGGCCAUGCCGACACACUGGCCAGCCUAGCCACCAGUGAGGGAUUCGAAGAAUUCGAUAGCAUCCCCAUGGGAAGACUAUCCCUACCUAUCACCGAGUUGAUCGAAGUAAUUCUUAUGAUGAUAGAUCCCAAACCAACUUGGCAAGAUGAGAUCAUCCCUUACCUAAAGAUCGGGAAAUGUCCUAAAAAAUCGACAGAGGCUAGAAAGCUCCGAAUCAGGUUGGCCAGGUACACACUCAUUGAUAAUGUCCUCUACAAGCAGGGAUAUUCUAUGCCCUUACUAAGAUUUUUGAAAGAAGAAGCCCAACACGCCCUGCGAGACAUUCAAGAAGGAAUAUGUGAAAAUCAUUCCGGUGGACUUUUCUUAGCACACAAGAUUAUACGACAAGGAUAUUUUUGGUCUGCAAUAAGACGUGAUGUCUUCGAGUUUGUCAAAAGAUACGACAAGUGCCAGCGCCUCGUCCCAUCAUAA